AUGUCCGAUACUAACAAUACACCUACAGCAGUUAAAUCAUCGAUACACUCCACUUCAAAUGAUGACAAUAGAUGUUUAUCAAGCGAUAGUAAACCAUAUAAUGAUUCAAUAAGUAAUUCUACUUGUAAUGAAAAUGUUCCAUGCUGUUUAAAAGAAGAAGGAUAUCAAAUGUUUCGGAACAGUUCACAAAAAGGUGUACAUUUUUCAAAGUCCCCUCGAAAAUCUGUAGACUCUCCAACCAAAACAACAAAUGCAAACUCUAAAAAUUGUAAUUUAUCUCCAGAGAUAAUAAAUUCCUCAGUGAAAGAAGAACAUACCACAAGUUCAAACUCUUCAAUAAAUGGAGCAGGUAAAAACUGGAAAAAUGUUCGUCAUACAAUGAAAUUUGUUCUGUCAAAUAAAUCUAAAAGCAAAUCGGAACAUGAUGAUUCUAGUCGUGAUUCUUUUCUAUAUCGCUUUUCAACACAAAGACGUGGAACAUAUACACGAGAACAUGAAAAUCUCAAUGAAACACCAUUAUUAACUUAUCAAACAUCUUUUAAAAAUAAAAAUGAUACUAAACCACAAAAUGAUGAUUAUUCACAAAGUGGUACAUUAUAUGAAUCAUGGUUUAAUCAACAACAACAACAACAACAAUCAGAGAUUGAUGAUAAACAACAUGAAAUUGAACAUUUAAUUAAAUCAUCCUCAUCACAAUGUUCCAUUGUAGAUAACUUAAUCAAUAAAUCAGAAAUUGAACCAAUGGAUACUGGUCAAAAUGAUUCAUUUUCAUCACCUGAAAAUCUAAAUCCUGAUCAUCAUAAAAUAGAAAUUGAUAUUGAAAAAUCAAUAAAUUGGAAGAAACACAUCUUAUUAUCAUUUAAAAUACCAAUGAAUUUUUUUAUAUUUCAUUCAAAUAGUUCCGGUUAUUUAAUAUGGUUAACAUUUGUAUCCAUAGCAUUAUUAUAUAAUUUAUGGGCACCAAUAGCACGUCAAGCAUUUACUGAAUUACAAAUAACUUAUCAAUUAUUAUGGUUUACUUUAGAUACAUUUGCUGAUUUAACUUAUUUAAUUGAUAUAUUUGUACAAUGUAAUACAAGUUAUUUAAAAUGUGGAUUAAAAGUACGUGAUCAUCAAAAAUUAGCUAAAUGUUAUAUGAAAUCUUAUAAAUUUCUAUUCGAUUUAUUAUCAUUAUUUCCAUUAGAUUUAAUACAAUUUAAAAUUGGGAUACAACCAAUGUUACGUUUUCCAAGAUUUUUCAAAUGGUAUCGUUGUCAUGAAUGGAAAAUACGUGUAGAAAAUAGAACUAUAUUUCCUAAUUUAUGGAGAGUAUUAAAUUUAAUUCAUAUAUUAUUCUUAGGUUGUCAUUGGUUUGCUUCAUUUUAUUAUUUAUUAUCAAAAUAUGAAGGAUUUAAAAAUCCAUGGGGUUAUCAACCAUAUAAUAAUAAUAAUAAUAUUAAUAAUAAUAAUAAUGAAAAUGAUACAAUAUCACGUAUAUAUUUAAAAUCAUUUUAUUGGGCUACAUUAACAUUAACAACAAUUGGAGAUCUUAGUGCACCAACAAGUAGUAUAGAGCUUACAUUCACAAUUGUAUCAUAUCUAACUGGGGUAUUUGUAUUUGCUACAAUUGUAGGUCAGGUAGGAAAUAUCAUUACAACAAGAAAUGCUGAUCGUAUUGAGUUUGAGAAAAUUUUGGACCACGCUAAAAGUUACAUGCGGGCUAAUUCAGUUGAUAAAGAUUUACAAAGUCGUAUUCUAAGAUGGUAUGAUUAUGCAUGGUCUAAAGGUUGCGGUGGUGGUGGUCAAGAUAUUAAUACAAUAGGUUUAUUACCAGAUAAAUUAAAAACGGAAUUAGCUCUUAAUGUGAAUUUGGAAACAUUGAAAAAAGUAACUAUUUUUCAUGAAUGUAGACCAGAAUUUUUACAUGAUAUUGUUUUGAAAAUGCGUCCACUGGUUUUCACACCGGGUGAUUUAAUAUGUCGUAAAGGUGAAAUAGCACGUGAAAUAUUUAUCAUUGCAGAUGGUGUACUUGAAGUUUUAAGUGAUUCUAAUGAAGUUCUAUCAAAGAUGAGUGCUGGUGAUUUCUUUGGUGAAAUUGGAGUACUGAAUGUGGAUGGAGUAAAUAAACGAACAGCUGAUGUACGUGCUGUUGGUUAUGCUGAACUAUUUGUAUUGUCUCGAGAAGAUAUUUUAAAAGCAUUGAAAGAUCAUCCAGACGCUGAGGCAGUAAUAAGAAAACAUGCAACAAGACGCCUUUGUGAAACACGUGUACGUCAACAAGCACAUCUGCAUGGGAAAAAGUCUCCAAUCUUAUCUAAUAAUUUAUGUAAACCAUUCAUUUCAUCUGGUGUACAUGAAAAUGCUUCAGUCAAAUUAGAAGUACCAUCAUCUGGGACAAUAAGGAAUUUGUCAAUGUUAUUUAAUAAUGAAAACGAUUCACAAAGUCAACAAACAACAAUUAAUUCUGGUAUACUUGCACAAUGGAAAUCAAGACAUACUGGUGGAAAGAAUGAAACAAAUCAACUUGUAGAAACGAUAGAUCAAUUUGCAGACCGAUGGGAAACAAUAUUAAUGAAUAUAACUAAAAAUUACCGUGAAGAAAUUGGUGUACUACGUGAACAAAUUCUACAGUUCAGUUCAACGAAUACAAGUUAA